AUGGCUACGGUAUAUCAGAAACGUCAUAGACCAUCAGCAAGGCCUUCAAGCAAUCAAGAGACAGGAAGCAGGUACCUUCUCAAGAGUUUUCUGUCUGGAGUUCUGGCUGUCCUGGGAGCCUUGACCUACUAUAUUGCUUCAGGCCAAGUCGGACCAGAGACCGCACAGUGGCUGGCAGAUCAUGCGUCUAUCGUACCAGUCACUGAAAAUCUGGCCAGGCUGCUUGCCAACCCAGACCAGGAGGCUGUCAGCCCAAUCCAAAAGGCCGCUGAUCCAAUCCAGCAUAUCGACACGCCUACACCCAGGCAUAUUAUUGUGUCUUACCAACCACUAAUCAUUAUCCUGGAGGACUUCCUUUCCCAAGGCGAAGCAACUUACAUUGAGAAUUUAGCGCAAGGAGGUCGACAUAAUAUAUCGCAUAGAGGGGAGUCUACCGCCCCCAGCUCGCCGAGAAGCCUAAAGUUUUCCAUUUCCACCACGGACCCCGUCGUGGAGCGUGUAAUCACACGGGCCACGAGCUUGCAGGGCUUCCUGCCUAAAGAAAGACUCCACACAAAGGUAAUAAGAUACGCUCCCGCCCAGAGAGAACAGCCACAUUAUGGGCGGUCACAUCGUGAGAUGCCGCGAAAGGCCGCUCGGCGCGGCGAGGCGACAAAUGCGUGCAUGGUUGCCGGUGCGAGACCGAAGCAUGGAGAUGUAAGCGAGGCGAGGGCGCAUGACCGCAAACGAGACCAUCACAGGCUGUCCCAUCACCUCCACCACAGCAGACGCAAAAACGGGUUGAACCCAGGGUUUGGAUGCCAUAGCAACGGCAUCAGCGUCGAAAAGGAUAGGCCCGAAUGGGAAACGACAAUCUCGGUCGUUCUCAAAGCGACGUGUGGAGGCGGCUGCGGGACGCAGUUCCCCAAGAUUCACAUCGACUGGUCGGCCGAGGAUCCUCGCUGGUGCGACCUUGUCGAUUGUGAUGAGAAGGCUCUCACCAUCAAGGCGAAGCCAGGGAACGCAAUCUUUUGGAAGAAUACCAACGCCGUUGGCGGCCGUGACGAUGCCACUCUGCACACGAGUUUGUCGGUGCCGAACGGUGACAAGGUCGAAUUGAACAUUUGGGCAGUCAAUGGAAUGCCAGCUGUGUAG